UUAGUGUAUUUAGUGAAUGUCACUUUUUGUCAUUUUCAAAUUUCCCGCCGUUUCGUCCCCCGUACGUCCCGAUGCUCGCAGGGAAUGGAACCCAGAAGACAGAUGCCGGCAUCCGCCAGAGGACAUUACAGGGCACACUGCAGGAGGGACAUCACGGGAGCACAGGACAAGGUAAGAGAAGAACAGAUCCUGGAGCAGCGCCGCAUGGUAAGCCCGAGUGUAGCUCGGGGUUACCGCUUGUGGUACUGAAAUUUUACCCCGAGCUACACUCGGGAAUACCGCCAGGAAGGAAUAAAGCAGACAAUGUGCCUGAUUUAUUAAACCUGGAGAAUGCAGAAUCUGGUGCAGCUCUGAAUAGAAACCAAUCAGUUUUUUUUUUCAAAGUCAAAGCUUAAUUGAACAAGGUGAAGUUAGAAGCUGAUUGGCUGCAAU